AUGGAAGAUAUUUGUGAGUCCAAAAAUUUGGUGCAAUCGUUACGCACCGUUCUACCGCGUAACUGCCACGUCAAACAUCGUACGGGGUCAUGGAAUCAGGCUGAUCGUGGAACGCAGCCAGUGUUCGAUCGCCUCUACACCCGUUCCGGAAUGCAUCAGUCCCAGCAAGCGUUGCCACAGAGCACAAGGCACGGCUAUACGUGGUAUAAUACGCAUCUAGCUUCCCGGGCCAACCCUGUACAUUCGCAGCAAUACCACCACCACCACCACCAACAACAACAACAACAACAACAACAACCGCAUCACCAUACUGUGCACGAACUAAAAAACAUUUCUGACGGAGAAAAUGGGUACGACAGAGAUCGGUAUGCUGAACAGCUUCGUCGAGUUCAAUACGGUGGUGGUCCGACAGCUGAUGUAAGUCGAUUCUAA